AUGUCUGAUAUGAAAGCAUCCGUGGCACCUAGUGCCGACGGUUUCCAUGUUGAGGGUUACGAGAAGAUCGAGUACGACUUCACCUUCAUUGACGGAGUCUUCGACAAGAACAACAACGGCCUUGCAGAUUGCUACAGACGAUGGGGAAGAUGUCUUGCGAUCAUGGAUAUGAACAUCUUCAAUCUCUAUGGAGCAGAGAUGCAGCAGUACUUUGAGCAUCACAACAUCGAGCUCGACGUUCACAAGACUAUGAUUGGCGAGAAGGCCAAGAGCAUAGAGACUUUUCUGUCAAUCGUGGACUCCAUGAACAAGUUUGGCAUCUACAGAAAGGAGCCAGUCCUCGUGAUUGGAGGCGGACUGGUCACAGACGUUGCUGGCUUCGCAUGUGCGGCAUACCGAAGGAACACUAACUACAUCCGUAUCCCUACCACCGUGAUCGGUCUCAUCGACGCUUCGGUGUCGAUCAAGGUCGCAGUGAACUACGGCAAUUACAAGAACCGCCUGGGAGCUUACCAUGCCCCAAUCCGCACUUUCCUCGAUUUUGGUUUCCUUCGCACCCUGCCAGAAGCUCAAAUAAGAAAUGGUUUUGCAGAGCUCAUCAAGAUCAGCUCUUGUGCCGACCUGAAGACAUUCGAUGCCCUUGACAAGUACUGCGAAGAGAUCAUUAGCACCGCGUUUGGUCGUACAGACAAUGCCUCUCCUGAAGUCCGCAAGGCUUCUGAUAUUUUGGAGAGGGACAGCAUUCAUGAGAUGCUGAAGCUUGAGACGCCUAAUUUGCAUGAGAUUGGUCUUGAUCGAGUGAUCGCCUAUGGCCACACCUGGUCGCCACUCCACGAACUCGUCCCCGAAGUUCCCCUCCGCCAUGGUCACGCAAUCUCCAUCGACAUGGCCUACUCCGCCACCCUCGCCCACAUGCGCGGCAACCUCCCCGACACCGACUACAAGCGCAUCCUCAACCUCUUCUCCCGUGCAGGUCUCUCCAUGGACCACCACCAAUUCAACGAAGAAAUCCUCCAGAAGGGCACCAAAGCCAUCCUGCGAACACGAGACGGCAAGCUUCGGGCGGCCAUCCCAAGCCCGUUGGGCAAAUGUGUCUUCCUGAACGAUGUGACUCAGGAUGAGCUUAAUCAGGCACUGAGGAAACAUAAGGAGGUUAUGAAGAGCUUUCCUCGCCAGGGCGAUGGUAUCGAGGCGUUCGUUGAUGCUUCCGAUACCGGCUACACCAUGAACCAGGUGCCCGUUGAGCAUGCCAACGGUGUCAGCGAGAAGCUGAAGAAGCUGAAGGUACUUAACGAUGAUACCAGCAUGAAUGGUGCGAAUGGUCAUGCCAAUGGUGUGGAGACGAACGGUAAUGCUGUCAAGGAUGCGAAGUACCACGCUUCAAGACCAGAAGGUGUUGAUGGGACUCAGGGCCAGCCAAACGGCCACAUUGUGAAUGGGAACGGCCACACCAAUGGUGUUCACUAG